CCCAAGCCUCAAGUUCCUGAAAACAAGCCCCUCCCUCUUUCUACAAUGGUGUCGAUUGUGUCCAUCAAGGCCCGCCAGAUCUUCGACUCGCGUGGCAACCCGACCGUCGAGGUCGACCUGACCACGGAGCUGGGCCAGUACCGCGCCGCCGUCCCCAGCGGAGCCUCCACGGGCGAGUUCGAGGCCCUGGAGAUGCGCGACGGUGGCAAGGCCUACAUGGGCAAGGGCGUGCUCAACGCCGUGAAGAACGUGAACGAGAUCAUCGCCCCCGCUCUCAUCGGCAAGGACGUGACCAAGCAGGGUGAGCUUGACCGCUACAUGGUGGAGGAGCUUGACGGCACGCAGAACGAGUGGGGCUGGUGCAAGAAGAAACUGGGCGCCAACGCCAUCCUGGGCGUGUCGCUGGCGCUGUGCCGCGCCGGUGCCGCCGCCAAGAAGCAGCCCCUGUGGCAGUACAUCGCCGACCUGGCCGGCAACCCGACGCCGUGCCUGCCUGUGCCGUCGUUCAACAUCAUCAACGGUGGCUCGCACGCCGGCAACAAGCUGGCCAUGCAGGAGUUCAUGAUCCUGCCCGUGGGCGCCACGAGCUUCACGGAGGCCAUGAAGAUCGGCUCGGAGGUGUACCACAACCUGAAGAAGGUGAUCAAGGGCCGCUACGGCCUGGACGCCACGGCCGUGGGCGACGAGGGUGGUUUCGCGCCGAACAUCCAGUCGAACGGCGAGGCCAUCGACCUGAUCGAGGAGGCCAUCAAGGCCGCCGGCUACACGAACCAGGUGCGUCUGGGCAUGGACGUCGCCGCGUCGGAGUUCUACACUGGCGCCGAGGACGCUCGCUACAACCUUGACUUCAAGAACGAGAACGCCCCCGAGUCGGAGAAGAUCUCUGCCGACAAGCUGCAGGAGGUGUACGAGGGCUUCAUCGCCAAGUGCGCGGGCUCGAGCAAGAUCGUGUCGAUCGAGGACCCGUUCGACCAGGACGACUGGGCUUCGUGGGUGAAGUUCACGGCCAAGGUUGGCGAGGACGUGCAGAUCGUGGGCGACGACCUGACGGUGACGAACCCUACGCGUGUGAAGAAGGCCAUCGAGCAGAAGGCUUGCAACGCUCUUCUGCUGAAGGUGAACCAGAUCGGCAGCAUCACGGAGUCGAUUGAGGCCGUGACGAUGGCGAAGAAGGCUGGCUGGGCCAUCAUGGCGAGCCACCGCAGCGGUGAGACGGAGGACACGUUCAUCGCUGACCUGGCUGUGGGUCUGAGCGCUGGCCAGAUCAAGACUGGCGCGCCGUGCCGUUCGGAGCGUCUGGCCAAGUACAACCAGCUUCUGCGUAUCGAGGAGGAGCUUGGCGCCAAGGCUCGCUACGCCGGCGAGGACUUCCGCAACGUCGAGAAGCUCGGCAAGUACGCCUCGUUCUAAGUGUUUCAUGCACAUCCUAACGGGCAGUAGCUCUCUACAAGGGAGAGGUUAAGCUCAACACGUAUACCAACAGUUCUAGUUACUUUUUA